CAUCGUCGCUUAUACAUCUAAUUGCUCAGCUGUUUUGAUGGCAUAUAAUCAACAUUUGCUCUUCUACAAUGUACACAUAAGAUAAAGUUGGAAGUAUGAAUUCUCGUCUGGUCAAGGUUGAUUCAGAAAUCAUUCACUCUUUCGCAUUAUAAGUGAUUAUAUUGAAGAGAAUAUUGUUGCGUACACCUACCGUGUAAACACAUGCUAAAUAAAGAUCGAAAAUGAAUUGUGAUUUAACUUGUGGAUCGAUUUUUGUUGUGAUAGGAGUGGUGUUGUAUCUUUUAAGACGAUACGCACAAGGUGGUCAAUUUACUAAGAAUGUUCGUGCUGAUGGAAAGGUUGUAAUAAUAACCGGUAGUAAUACUGGGAUCGGAAAAGAAACCGCUUUGGAACUAGCUAGAAAGGGUGCACGCGUCUAUAUGGCAUGCAGAAGUUUGGAAAGGGGCGAAAAGGCGAAAAAGGAAAUUGUUGCUGUAACGGGAAAUACAAACGUUUUCAACUUAACGUUAGAUUUGACAUCAAUGGAAUCGGUUAGAAACUUUGUCAAAGAAUUUUUGAAGAGAGAAACAUCAUUGGACAUACUAAUCAACAAUGCGGGUGUAUUUGGUUUGGACAGAAGUAUAACUAAGGAUGGACACGAAAUUGUUUUGGCAUCGAACUAUUUAGGUCAUUUCUUGUUAACCAAUCUUUUGCUGGACAUUUUAAAGUCAUCAGCAGCCAGCAGAAUUGUAAAUGUUUCCAGUACAUUGCAUCGAUAUGGUAAAAUUGUCCGUGACGAUUUACAUGCCGAACGAGAAUACAAAGUGGGACAAGUGUAUGCAAACAGCAAGUUAGCUAAUAUGUUAUUUUCACGUGAAUUGGCCAAACGGUUAGACGGAAGUUCAGUAACAAGUAACUCGCUUCAUCCUGGUAUCAUUAGUACGGAAAUCUCUCGAAAUUAUCCCACUUUCUCAGCGAUGGCACCAUUCGUCUUUUACUUUUUUUGGAAAAGUGUUAAAUCGGGCUGUCAGACUACAUUGUAUUGUGCUCUAGAUCCGGAGCUAAAAGGUGUGACGGGAAAGUAUUUUUCCGACUGUAGAAUUGCUGACGAAAGCAAUAAUGCACAUGAUGAUGAUACAGCUGAGUGGCUGUGGAGAGCUAGCGAAAAAUUAACUGGUUUGGCAGAGUAAUAGUAUUAUAUAUAAUAGUUACAGUAGUUUGAAUUGGGAAGAGAAUG